UAGCUGCCUAGUAUCGGAGAACGAUGGCCCCGAUAGGUUCAUACCAAUACACCUCCUGAUAUCGAAGAAGCAGAGGAAAAUAUGAGAAAAAGUGGAAAAAUAACAAAACAAACGUGGAAAAAACGUUGAAAAAGGCGACGCGCAAUUGCUGAACGAGUGCACGACAAACACGCGAUUAAAACGGCGUGCGCGGAAAAGCGGAAAAACCAUAGAACAAAGCGAAAAAGUGAAGAGCCAUCACAGCGACGAAGAUGAGCGAAGAAGAAGAAGCGAGGCAGCAGCAGCAGCAAUAAUAAGUUGUUCUCUGUGCGAGUGAGAGAGUGCAGCAGAGCAAAAUAGGGGCAUAAAAAACGCGAAAUAAACGAAAAUAAGAAUACGAGAUUGCUGCGGAGUGAGUGUGCACAACGGUAGAAGUCCCGUUGCCCGCAAAAAUCCACAGUCCCGCGUGCCAGUGUGUGUGCCCGCGUGUGUUCGUGUGUUGGUGAGCUUUUCCAUUGGUGUGCGAAAAACAAAAGCCAAAAAAUCGGGGCAAAGAAUAUAUAGAAAUCAAGGAAAUGCAAUAUAGAAUCGGCCGACGCCGCCGCUUUUGCUGCGUGCUGUAAUCCCAAUUGGACACCCAAUUAGAGGCACAUUCGUCCGCCUAGCAGUGUGUGUGUGCGUGUGUCUGUGUGAAAAGAGGUCAAAGGCGCAACGAAAGUUUUUCACUUUUCAUGCGGUAACCAAAAAAAAUAGCGCAAAAAGUGCCAACCAGCUGAGAGCGCAAAAUAAAAAAAAACAACGUCGCAGUUUUGCGUUAAAACAAUAAACCUCUCGAAGUGUGCGUGCGCGUGCGGCUGUGUGUGUGUAAGAGCGAGGAGAAAUAACACACAAAAAAACAAUCAGUUGUUAAAAUAAUCCCCCAGCAAACCGAUUUUUGGAUUUAACAACUCUCGGCUCGCAAACAACUCAAAAUCAAAUCUGGUUUUAUUAAGCGACGCAAAAAAACACAAAAAAAAUAACGCAAAAGGCCAUAACAAUAACAACAAAUAAAAAGCGCCAAAAACUUAAUUCUUCUAUAUGAGAUUUUAAUCAAGCAAGAAUCCAAUUUGCAUAGCACAAGAGCGACAGAGAGAGCAAGAGAUCCAAUCGGAGUUAGCGGCGAACGAGAGAGAAUCUUCCUACCGGAGACACAAUCUCCACAAUGGCCAAUCCGCGCAAGUUCAGCGAGAAGAUCGCGCUGCAGAAGCAAAAGCAGGCGGAGGGCACAGCGGAAUUUGAGCGGAUCAUGAAGGAGGUGUAUGCCACGAAAAGGGAUGAGCCGCCGGCGAAUCAAAAGAUCCUAGACGGCCUGGUCGGCGGACAGGAGGUAAGCCAAUCCUCGCCAGGCGCAGGCAAUGGGACGGGCGGAGGUGGCAGUGGUUCCGGCAGUGGAGCCAGCGGCGGAGGAGCCUCGCCAGAUGGCCUGGGAGGCGGCGGUGGUUCUCCGACGGCUUAUCGAGAGUCCCGAGGACGCAGCGUGGGUGUGGGUCCCAUGCGAAGACCCUCAGAGCGCAAGCAGGAUCGUUCGCCCUACGGCAGCAGCAGCACGCAACAAACCCUAGACAACGGCCAGCUAAAUCCGCACCUUCUUGGUCCACCUACGGCGGAGAGUUUGUGGCGGCGGUCCAGCUCCGAUUCGGCGCUGCACCAAAGCGCGCUGGUGGCGGGCUUCAAUAGCGACGUGAACUCGAUGGGCGGAAACUAUCAGCAGCAGCAACAUCAGCAACAACAGCAACCCGGCCAGCCAAGAUCUCACUCGCCGCACCAUGGGAUAAACAGGACCAUGAGUCCGCAGGCGCAACGGAGGAAGUCGCCGAUACUGCAACCCCAUCAGCUGCAGUUGCAGCAACUGCAACAGCAGCAGCAACAUAUGCAACAUCAGCAUCAGCUGCAUCAGCAGCUCCAAAUGCAGCAGCUGCAACAGCACCAGCAGCAACACCAGCAGCAGCAGCAGCAACAGCAGAACACGCCAUACAACAACGCCAAAUUCACGAAUCCUGUGUUCCGGCCGCUGCAGGAUCAGGUCAACUUUGCCAACACCGGCUCCCUGCCCGAUCUCACGGCCCUGCAGAACUAUGGACCUCAGCAGCAGCAGCAGCAAUCCCAGCAACAGCAGUCGCAGCAACAACAGCAGUUGCAGCAAACCCUGUCGCCAGUCAUGUCUCCGCACAAUCACCGCCGCGAACGGGAUCAGUCGCCCAGUCCGUUUAGUCCGGCGGGUGGAGGAGGCGGAGCAGGUCCCGGGUCGCCCUAUCAGCAGCAACAGCACUCGCCCACCGGAAACACGCAACAGCAGCAGCACCAACAGCCCAGCAACUCGCCGCACCUGUCCUUUACCAAUCUGGCCACCACGCAGGCAGCUGUUACCACAUUUAACCCGCUUCCCACGCUGGGACCGCACAAUGCCACCGACUACCGCCAGCCACCGAAUCCUCCUAGUCCACGCUCUUCGCCCGGCUUGCUGAGCAGCGUAUCGGCCACGGAUCUGCACUCCAGUGCACCGGCCAGUCCCAUACGACAGCAGCAACAGGCCCAUCAGCAGCAACAGGCGCAGCAACAACAGCAACAGUUUGAUAACUCCUACAACAGUCUGAAUACCUCGUUUCACAAUCAGUUUGAGAUUUUCUCGCUGGGCGACAGCAAUUCCUCGCCGGAACAGCAGGGCUUCGCAAAUAAUUUCGUGGCCCUUGACUUUGACGACCUGAGUGGCGGCGGAGGUGGUGGCCCCGGCGGUGGGGGCGGCAGCAAUGGGGGAGGUCUGACCAAUGGCUAUAAUAAGCCGGAGAUGUUGGACUUCAGCGAGCUGAGUGGCAGCCCGGAGGCGAGUGGGAACAACAACCACAUGCGGCGAGGAGUGAGCAACCUGAACAACAACGGGUUGAGCAAUGGUGUGGUGGGAUCCACGCACAACGGCAGCACAAAUCUAAAUGGAGCGGGGAACAACAAUAGUAGUAGUGGAGGUGGCACGGCGCAGGAUCCUUUGGGAAUAACCACUUCGCCUGUGCCCUCACCCUUGGGCUGCCCCAGUUCACCGCUGCCGAUACCGAUUCCGAUGUCGGCGCAGAGCUCGCCACAGCAGCAACACCACCACCAUCAGCAGCAGCAACAACAGCAUCAUCAGCAGCAACACCAUCAGCAGCAGCAAUUAUCAUUAUCUCUGCACCAUUCGCCGCAUCAUUCGCCGAUGCAUUCGCCGCACCAUGGGAAUUCACCGCUUUCAAGCAGCUCGCCAGUGAGUCACAAUGCCUGCUCCAACUCCAAUGUGGUGAUGAACCACCAGCAGCAGCAGCAACAACAUCACCACCAGCAACACCAUCAUCAGGGCUCCUCGCAAAGUCACACGCCGACCACAGCGAAUAUACCCUCGAUUAUCUUUAGUGAUUACUCCUCCAACGCGGAUUAUACCAGGGAGAUCUUCGACUCCCUCGACCUGGAUCUGGGCCAGAUGGACGUAGCCGGCUUGCAGAUGCUGUCCGACCAGAACCCCAUCAUGAUCGCCGAUCCCAACAUCGAGGAUAGUUUUCGACGCGACCUCAACUGAUACUAUGAGGAGGCUGUUGCGGCCAUUGAGAGCGGAGUGCUGCUGGAGGAGGACUACCAGGCGCUGCUCGGAUCAGAGGCGCUGGCGGAUGAACAGGUGGUCACAGUCGAGGCCGCCGGAGCCGCAGCAGCAGUAGUAACAGUUGAAGAGGCAGCCCCAGUUAGCGACAAGGACAAAAAAGAUUUGGAAGUUGUGGAACUUCUGGUGUCCGGAGUUAUGGAUGACCUGGUGGACUCCAGUGACCUGGACGAGGAAGUGCGCAAUUUCUUUUUUUAGGCAGGCAGCAAGUCAUUUUUGUCGUUAACACAACUGAUGGAAUUUUCGUUUUUAACACAGAUGAGGAAGUGAAUUAAGUUUUUUAAAACGCAUUCACUUGCCAUUUCUCGAUUAAAUGCCAUAUUACUUAAGCUCAGGAUUUACAAGCUUAAUGUGAAUUAAGUUAAUUUCGGAAAUGCUGACGAGAGUGAUUGCAAAGUUCAAAAUUGAUAUAAAUUCACUUCCGCAAAUUCAUGCUGAAACUGAAAGUUUUCUAACAGUCCUCAAUAUUGUUAUCUCGUUAUCGUCCGUGCUUUCGUAGCUAGCUCCUACAAAAAAAAAAAUAUAAAAAAAAUUAACAAAUUGUUAACCCUUAAGUGUACUUGAGUGUCUUUUUACACCCUCUUUCCUCAAAAAUCCCUAGCACCCUGAAAAAGCGAAACAUAUUUUACAGCGAGUCUCAGAUUUUACUUAACUACGCACAUAAGUCACUAUACAAUUUACACAAUUAAGCUCUAAUUUCUGUAUAUAAUACAAUAACUAUGGGGAAGAAAGCGAAAAGGAUUGAAACCAAAAAGUGUCUUAGACCAACGACCAAAAUUAUAUUCUCUAAACGAAAAUGAUGAAUGCUGGAAAGAGGAUGGAGGAUUUGGAACAGCCAGCCCCUCUGAGCAUUGGAAGUCCUGAUAACUAUCCAUUCGGAUAUGCCAUUCAACCCGUCUCCGUUCGUUUGUUUGAUCCAGAUAAUAGUUAGCUAAUUACACAUUAAUUAAAAUUACACCCAACCCAUAUUAUAAUCCCAAUGUGCCGUGGAAGCAAUUACUAGAGUUUAAGAUGCCGAUAACGAAACCGAUCCCCUCAGUGCUGCAAAGUCUUCAGAGCCCCCCGCGAAAAUAUUUCGAAUAGAAAAACGAUAGAUAUAUGUAUAUUCGAGACCUUUCUUCAUAAACGCAGUAUCACAAACUAAUCGAGUAUAUAACCAUACAGACAAACGCAUAUGUAACGAUAUAGAGUAUAUGUCUAUGCAUAUAGAGUUAAUAGUCCAGGCACAAGUGCAGAUCACAAUUGGAAUCCAGUUCCAGUUUUCUGCUCCGACAAAUUUUACGAAAUCAACAAGAAUCAAAAGCGAACUCAAAAAUUAAAGAAAUUUUUUACAAGUCUUUAACCAAUAGUAGAUAGGAUUUUCAAAAAAAAAAACAAAACUUUUUCCGAACACUUAAGCAUGAAACUUCGUCUACUACCAUAAUACCCAAAUCAACUUCAAUCCGUUGUUUUUUCAAAUCAUUUUAUUACGAACGUAAACAAAAAUUUAAGAAUCAAAUCAAAGAAAGCUUUAUGGCCACCAACCAACAAUAAGGAGAAUGAAAUAGUUAGUAUAAGGCGAUCGUAAACCCUGCAUAAUAUGUACUGUUUAUAAAUAAUACGAAAUCUGUAAAACAUAUACACACACAAAUCAUUGAGUCUAAAUCUACUUAACAAUUGUUAAAAAAUGAUACAAGUGGGAUAAAAAAUACAAAACCAAUAAGCUUCAAAAGUGCAAAGAGAAAAUGUUUUAUUUAAAUCGAGUACCAGAACUUCUUAUACAUAUAUACAUACAUAACUAUUCGUAAUAAUGAUAAAUAUUAGUAACAAAGAUGUUUUUGCUAAUAAAGUCCCAACAAAAAAUUUCCUUUUUCUAAUUAUCGAUGUAAAACUCUAGUUAUAACAUAAACUUAAUUGAGACGAGAAAAACUUUACAAGCGACACACAAAAAGCGACGAAAAAGAAAAAUACAUAUAUAAAUGUAAUUUAAAAAUGUAAUUUAUGUGGGAAACGCGCAAAAUAUAUAUAUAUAUAUAGAUCGAUAACAUUUGUCUCUGCUGCUUUGUGUUAAAAUAUACACGUAAAUAAAAUGAAAAUCUUGAAGAAUUAUAAUAAUACUAGAUAAGUGAGAGAGAAAUGCUAAUUAUAAAUUAUACUAUUAUUAUUAUACGAUACGUACUAAGUAAUUGUGUAUGUAAUAUAUAAUUACAUUUAGAAAAAUAAAGGUACAUCAACAACAGCAACAAAUACCGCAGAACCGAGGAGAAUAAGCCAUAAGAUUAUAUUCAAUGUAAUAACACAGUUAUUUGUUUCAAAUAAAUCUUAAAUUUGAUUUUAAAGUCCA